AUGGAGACACGAAGUGAGAUAAGGCAUUCAAAGUUCAAGAGAAUUUGUGUGUUCUGUGGGAGUAGCCCCGGCAAGAAGAGUAGCUAUCAAGAUGCUGCUAUUCAACUUGGCAAUGAAUUGGUAUCAAGGAACAUUGAUCUGGUGUAUGGAGGUGGAAGCAUUGGUCUCAUGGGUUUGGUUUCGCAAGCUGUUCAUGAUGGUGGUCGCCAUGUCAUUGGAGUUAUUCCCAAGACACUUAUGCCUCGAGAGCUAACUGGUGAAACUGUAGGAGAAGUAAAAGCUGUUGCUGAUAUGCACCAAAGGAAGGCUGAGAUGGCUAAGCAUUCAGAUGCCUUUAUUGCCUUACCAGUCCUAUCCUAUGUUUGUCCUCUCAAAUCAUGGAGAAACUCAUGCAAGUUACAUGCAGGUGGAUAUGGGACUCUAGAGGAGCUUCUUGAAGUCAUAACCUGGGCACAACUUGGGAUUCAUGACAAGCCGGUGGGAUUAGUAAAUGUUGAUGGGUACUUCAAUUCGUUGCUGUCAUUUAUUGACAAAGCUGUGGAAGAGGGAUUUAUUAGUCCAAAUGCACGCCACAUAAUUGUAUCAGCACCAACAGCAAAAGAAUUGGUGAAGAAAUUGGAGGAUUAUGUACCCUGUCAUGAGGGUGUUGCUUCCAAGUUGAGCUGGCAGAUGGAACAGCAACUCGCUUACCCUCAAGAUUAUGACAUGUCAAGGUAGUUGGCUUACUUCACGUGCACGGAAGAUGAGAC